GAGGAUGUCCCCAGAAAUUUUUGAUAUCAUACAGAGGAUCGACCUGGGCGAGUCCGAGUGAUAUUGGAGGGGAGGAGCGUGGGGGGCUCGAUCCGAGCGAGCCCUAGGUCUCUCUCCCUCUCUAUGCAGUGCUCUAGAGCCAUCGCAGGGAAAUGUGGUACAGUAUGCACAGUACCCCUUCGAAAUACCGGCACUGUUGUUGGGUGGGCGGGUGAGUAGUCGUCCCCCAAAUCAGGAUCUGGAUAGAUUACAUCGACCUGUUUUCUUUCCUUCUCCGCUUGUUCUUCUGGGUUUACUGGAUAUUCCCUAUCUGGAAAAACUUUCGCGCGACCUCCAGCGUCGAGUUAGUUCUACUGAUACUAGCACCGGGGACAGCUUCUCAAUGUCACGUCGCCACUCUGCCACUUAUACAAUUUCUAGAAGUAAAGGAUCCGGUGAGAGGGACCAUUCCUAUGCGGUCCUGAGCCUGCCUGCCAAAGAGGGGUAUCACUUGGGUGUGUCGAGAUGCGGUAUAUCAUAUGCUUCGGAACCGUGGGAGGCUACCGGAGGAGAGGGACAGAACCCUCUCCGAUGA